UAUUUAUUUAGGCUCCAAAAAUUAAGGGCCAAAGCAAUCCAAUCUACAAAAAAUGACACGUAAAGUUGUCACUUACCAUACAAUAAAACAAAAGCAAAAAAAAAAAAGUUAUAUUCACCAAACAAUAACUUACGUCGACGUGUAACACAACCUCCCACCCGAUUUUCUCAUUUCCUUACAUAACCCAACAAAAAAAUACAUAUUAUCAACACCGAAUCUCAAACACAACCUCUCUUCAUCUUUUUGUUUCCUCCAAGAAUCUAUUGUGUAAUCAUGAUGAACAUCGACGAUACGACGUCUCCAAUGGCCCAUCCGAUCGGUCCAUCUCAGCCUCUUUCCGACCAAACCAAACAAGAUCCGCCAAGUUUGCCCAGCGAAGCAGCUUCUUAUGUUUCCGACAAGAAAGAUCUAGCUUUGCCUGAAGAGAAACCGAAACAGAAUGAAGAAGAGAGAGUGGACACUGGGAGAGAGAGGUUAAAGAAGCACCGGAGAGAGAUCGCCGGUAGGGUUUGGAUACCUGAGAUAUGGGGACAAGAAGAGCUACUUAAGGAUUGGAUCGAUUGUUCAACGUUUGACACAUGUCUAGUCCCUGCCGGAAUAUCGUCUGCACGUGCUGCUCUCGUAGAGGAAGCUAGGCGAGCUGCUUCGGCUUCUGGUGGGUUACAUAGUCAUUGCUUGAUCUUACGCUGAAUCUAAUAUAAUAAGAUACCUACUUAUAAAUGUGGUUCUUGUUCCUCAAUAAUAAUAUAAGGCACUAUUGUUACAUUGUUGAUAUAUUCUCACUCAUUUUACUCAUAACUUUAUGAAACAUUGCAAGUUGCUUAGAGUGUGUUUAGUUGCCUAUAGUUGUCCAUAUGGGAGAGUGUAGAACGGAUUUUGCGUUUAUCUUUUUAGAUAUUCUUGA